AUGGUUAUCAACACAUCUGGGCCUGAAUUGCCCAUCCGCACCCACAAUCUGCCAACUCCAACCCUUUCGCAGAAUGGCUCCGACCUCGAAGAGAGUUAUACGGUUCGAGAAGAGCCUCUUGGCACAACCAAGCACAUCCGGAUCGUCGGCAUCGGUGCCGGUGCAAGCGGGCUAAACAUGGUCCGUACCCUCCGCUUGAAUCUUACCAACUACGACUUCGUCAUCUACGAAAAGAAUAGCGACGUGGGUGGUACUUGGUUCGAGAACCGAUAUCCUGGCUGCCGAUGUGAUGUUCCAAGUCACAACUACCAGUUCUCGUGGAAGCCAAAGCAUGACUGGACCAACUUCCACUCCUCAGCUGAUGAGAUUGGUGGUUAUCUUCGCCAUGUAUGCGACGAAGAGCAUAUGUGGGACUCGAUCAAGACCUCGCAUCGUGUGGAAUUUGCGCAAUGGGACGAAGAGAAAGCACGCUGGGAUUUGAUGGUACAGGAUUUGACGACAGGCGAGUCGAUCAGUGACUAUGCCGACUUUCUGUUGGAUGGAACAGGUAUCCUUAACAACUGGAAAUGGCCUGAUGUUGACGACCUUCACGCCUUCGAGGGAGACCUAAUACACACCGCCAACUGGCCAGAGGACUUUGACGCUGCAGGAAAGGUAGUUGCUGUCAUCGGCAAUGGUUCGACGGGAAUCCAGGUUGUGCCAGAACUACAGAAGAAGGUCAAGAAGUUGUACCAUGUUUUCAGAACGCCAACUUGGGUCACUCCGCCACGGAUAAUGGCUUGGAAGAUGAUGGGCCAUAACAAGCAACUCCUGGAGAUACUCGGUGAGAUCGGGAUUGAUGACCAAGAGAACUUCUCUCAGGAGACGAUAGAGAGGUUCAAGUCCGACCCCGAGUUCUAUCACCGUUUUGUCAAGGCCGUGGAGAAGGAAGUCAAUAAUGGUUUCCCGAUGGUCGUGGCAGGAAGCCCGGUACAAGCCAUUGCUCAGCAACUGACAAAGCAAUACAUGACCAUGAUACUUGGAGGGAAAAAGGAGCUUUGCGAAACAAUGAUUCCAGACUUCCCACUAGGAACGAGGAGGCUAACCCCUGGUCAAGACUACCUCAAGGCUCUAACCCAAGAGAAUGUCGAGGUUCGAAGAGGCGGGAUCCGACGCUUUGUUCCUGAGGGUAUCCAACUGGAAUCUGGCGAAGUGAUCAAGGUCGACGCAAUUGUUUGCGCCACCGGUUUCAACACUUCCUUCCGUCCGCGAUUUCCUAUCGUUGGGCGCAGUGGAAAUCUGCAAACGAGGUUCAGAGACGAGGUUCCCAAGUCUUACAUGUCUUGCGCCAUUGCCGACAUGCCCAAUUAUUUUGUCUUCCUAGGACCCAACGCGCCCAUCGGCCACGGCAGUGUUUUUACCCUAACCGAGCACAUCGCCAAGUACAUUACCCGGAUCAUCAAGAAAUGCCAGACGGAGUGCAUCAAGGCCAUCUGCCCUUCCCAGGACGCGAUCGAUGACUACUUCGAGCAUAUCUCGGCUUUCAUGCCUCGUACAACGUGGGGAGCCCAGGGUCGGUCGUGGUUCAAGAAUGGGAAGGAGGACGGACCGGUAACGGCGCUGCAUCCAGGAAGUCGCAUACACUUCUUCCACAUGUUGGAGAACUUCCGGGGCGAGGACUGGGAUUAUGUCUACGACGGGCCGAAGAGAAAUCGGUUCUACUACCUUGGGAACGGGUUCUCGGCAAAGGAGAAAGGAGAUACGACGUGGUAUCUUGACAACCCGGAUGCAAAGUUGUGA